GAAGGAUCUCUCAAGGACUUAGUGCAAUUUCCGGUCCUUGAGAUUCGCGCCCCAUUCUUUAGACUCCUGGACAAGCAUGUCGUUUGACUAGAGAAAGCAUGGCGGAGAUGCUGCAAGCUGAGCAGCCUGAGCGUCAAUGCCAAGGAUUCCAUGCCACCAGCUGCGAGGCGCACUUGGCCAACUCGACUCUUGGCGCCAGACUUUGCUUGGUUGCCGAAAGGGAUGGACUCUGGGCUUUGCUACAGGUCGCACAAGCCAUCAUGGCAGGCUCUUCCGAUCAGGAGGCGCGGAACAUAGCAGAUGCAGUUGCUCGUUCCGCAGCUUCACGACUGGGAUCCCAGAUGCAGGGCGAGGCUGAUGUUUGGAAUGCCCUUGCGUGCAUGUGUGCAGCUGCUGGGAGGCCGCAUGAAGAGGUCUUUGGCCAGCCACCGAUGACGGCUUCACAGAUACAUAGUCAAGCAGUUUGGCAGGCCUUGAACCAGCUGGCAGACGGAUCUGCUGGACAAAGCUUUCCGGCAGUGAGCGUGGCUUCGUCCCCUUUUCCUUUGCUUUGGCUGCCACAGUGGUUGGCAGAAGAAGAGAUCACAGAGAUUUUACUUGAAGCCAAGGAUGCUUUCUGGAAUCCAUCCCCCUUAGCCACUCAUGGGGAUGCUGCCGUCCGCAGCUCGGAGAGCCUGGUCUUGUCCUCGGGGCCGUGGGUGCAGAGGCUGCGAGGACGGGCCGCGGCGCUGGUGGGCUUGGCUCCGCAAUACGCGGAGCCCCCACAACUGGUACGGUACAGCCCGGGACAGUUGUACAAGCCGCACGUUGACUGGGGACACGGUGGUGAUGCCUCUUUGUUCAUUGCUGGCCAGCGUGUGGCGACGGUGUUGGUGUACCUGACAGACAUCCCACAAAGCUGUGUGGGAGGUUGUACCCACUUUCCUCACCUCACUUCGAGAAAACAGCAAGAAGGGCUGAGAAUCGUUCCUGUCAAAGGAGCGGCUUGCGCUUGGCCGAAUGUUUCUGUCAACGGCAUGCCUCUCAUGGAGACGGAGCAUGCAGCAGAGCCUUUGCAGGUGAAGCGCGCAGAAGAUGCAGAAGAUGCAGCCCAGAAGAUCGCGUUAAAUCUUUGGAUACGAGAUCGACCGGUGCCAUGGGUGGCUUAGAG